AUUUUAGUUGCUAUUCAUUUUUUGGUUUGUUUGUGCAGUUUUGCUGUUCGCCGGCCGGCAGAGGAGCAGAAAGAAGUUUGAGUUGGAGGCCUCGGGGAAAGAAAUCCAAGGGUUCAAAGCUAUAAAAUAAUUCGAUGCACAGGCUGUCUAAAAAUGUCUACGUCGAGAGAUACAUCUAGGACCAGACAAGCCGAAGAAAAAUGCAUACCAAUUGUCAGCCUUGAACCUCAGCUACGCGAAUGGUGUAUUAGAGUGUUAGUUGCUGAAAAAACUCCCGUACGAACGCUUCAAUCUGGGAAGACACAGCUGAAGCUUGUAUUCAUCGAUAACGAGCACACUAAAAUACAAUGCAUAGUUUUCCACCCAGAUGCCCCAGAUUUAAACGAAGUUUUGAAAUUAUAUAAAACCUAUUAUAUCGGCAAUGGGAAAAUCAUACCACUGAAUAGAAAUUUUCCCAUCAUGGUGGAUUACAAGUACCAAAUGAUCCUCAACAGAAGUGCAUACAUCAAGGCAACUGAAAAAGAAGAAGAGCUUCCAUUAGACAAUAUUUAUCAGUUGACUCCAUUUGCACAGUUUCCGGAUUUCAUGGGCUCAUCAGAAGACAGAGUUGAUGUAUUAUGCAGUGUCAUACAUUUUCAUCCAGUGCAUUUUGUUGCAACAAAAGGGAAAAAUGUACAGGAAUUCGUCAUUGUAAAUCAAGAACGCUGCCCAAUGCUUCUCAGUCUCUGGGAAGAAUCUUUGCAUGAAGAAGGACAACGAUUGGUUAACAACAUUCACAAAAAUCCGGUCAUACUCGCUACAAGACUAGCUGUAACCUCUUUUCAUGGUAUCUCUGUUAAUGCACAGCCAAAUAGCGUACUUCUGUUUGACGCACCAAUUGCUGAAGCUCGAGAAUUAGAAUCAUGGGUCAUACAAUUUAGUUUCAUCCUUGCAAUUGCUCCACCAUUUGGUCUGUUGUUCAUCAUAGUAUUCUUUCAUUCAGAAGAAUGA